AUGGAUCAUGAACCAUUCCAGAAACGGAAAUCACAUCCAAGCAGCGGACUUGAAGUGGAUUUAUGGCAACCAAUUUUCAAAAGUAUCUUGAAGAAACUGAAAGAUUUUUCAAAAUGUCAUGACGUUGAAGUUCAAAAUCAUACAAUAAAAUGUGACCGAUUGUCACCAAUGAAGCCGAAAGAGGGAGGAAUCAGUAAGCAGCAUGAGUAA